AUGGAUGAAGGGACUUUGAACGAUUUGUUAGAGUGUUCGGUGUGUUUAGAACGACUAGAUACUUCCAGCAAAGUACUUCCCUGCCAGCACACGUUCUGCAAGAAGUGUCUGGAAGAUAUCGUGCAAACAAACAAGGAAUUGAGGUGUCCCGAAUGUCGGGUACUGGUGCUCUGUAAAGUGGACGAAUUGCCUCCUAACGUCCUGCUCAUGCGAAUAUUAGAAGGUAUCAAAAAUGCUGGGAACCCACUGCCUAAAAGGACCCACCGACCCACUCGAAGUCCUAUCGUUCUACCCGCAUCGAUUGCCCAAACAACACCUCUACAUACUGCCCACGGUACUCCUGAUCACAGGGUUAAUUCCAACAAACAACAAUCCCAUUUGCUACCUCAUCAAGCAUAUGCAAAAGCAAUUUACGAUUACACAUCAAAAGAAGCAGGUGACCUUAGCUUCAAACGGGGAGAAUUCAUAAUAUUAAAGCGGAGAAUCGACAGUAACUGGUAUCAAGGGGAGUGCAAUGGGAAACAAGGCGUAUUUCCCUUAUCCUACGUACAGGUUAUGACGCCAAUACCGAGCCAUAUCCCGCAAUGUAAAGCCUUAUACGACUUCCGAAUGGCGAACGACGAAGAAGAGGGCUGCUUGUCCUUCAACAAAGGCGACAUCAUCAACGUCAUCAGAAGAGUGGACGAGAACUGGGCCGAAGGGAAAUUAAACGGACGCAUCGGCAUAUUCCCCCUCGCCUUUGUCGAACUGAACAAUCUAGCCAGAUCCCUAAUGAAACUCUCCACCAACGCCCAACCCGGCCCGUCUCGCCUGGCGCCGCCGACGCCCACGUCGGAGGACACCUCACCGCUCAUUCCCACCGAUCACACGAGGAACAUCAUCCCCCAUCACGUCCACCAGCCGCCGCUCGCGCCCGCCGCCCGGGCGCCGGCCGCCAAUCAACCGCACGCCCCGCUCGCCGCCUCCGAUUCCAGCUCGACGCUCAGCUCCAACAUGUCUUCUGCCAACGGUUCGACCGAUAAUACUUCCAGUUCGAGCAGCCCGUCUCCGUCGUCGCCGGCCUCGCCGCCGAGAAGCCAACUUCCCAAGGGCUCGAUUAGUCGACCGGAUCUUCUUGGUAGUGCCAAAACGGGGUCGCAGCGAUCGCCGCAAAGCCAAUCGGUUUGUUCGUCGGAUGCUCAUUUGAAGCCCCACCAGCAAUCUAAAGAGAAACGGCACAGUUUCACCGGUUUGGUAACGCCGCAUUCUCAUUCUAAUCAAAAUCGACAUUCGGCUGAGAUAACGGACUGUCAAACUUUGGGUAAUAACUCGAGGAGGAAUGGUUCGCUCGAUGUGCCACUACCGGCUACUUACGUCGCUUUAUAUCCGUACAAACCGCAAAAAGCCGACGAAUUGGAGUUGAAAAAAGGCGGUAUAUAUAUGGUUACGGAAAUUUGCCAGGACGGUUGGUUCAAAGGCACGUCGAAUCGCACGCAGAAGAGCGGCGUGUUUCCCGGCAACUACGUGACGGCGGCGCGCUGCCCGCCGGGCCACAAGGACGACGCGAAAUUGCCGGCGAGUUUCACGCGCGCCGGCAAAACGGCCUCCGCCAAUUCGGCCUCCGCCAAUCCGCCCGAAUUGCCGCCGAGGGCGUCGAGUCCCGCCGGCAGCAACGCUUUCUCCAGCAGCUGGCACGGCGCCCAGCAGGAUCCGGCGUCGGCGCCGAUCGGCCGCAGCAGCAGCGCCAUCGUGCCCGGCGGCAUGCAAACGGCAGCGGGCAGGGCUCAAGAUAAGCCGAAGGAACGGAAAGAGAAAGGGACCGUUAGCCUAAUGAAACGUCUGGCGAGCAUGAAACGAUCGAAAUCGCCGCCGCCGACCGCUUAUUCCAUGGACAAUCCGGUGUUCGAAGAUGCCAGCAUUCAACCGGCCAAAUCGUCCGCCACACCGGUCCACGUCAGGUCGGGAUCGUGUCCGAGUCAGCUGCUUCAGAUCCAACCAAACGAGCAACACCGUAUGUUUGGAUCCACUUCGCAACGUCACAAACACAAAGAACGCCCAACCAUACUCACUCACAAUCCCAGCAUCGGCCAGCGGAACGGGGACAAGCCGUUGGGGGGUUCCGGUUCCGGUUCGAGUCCGGACGUGCAGCGCCACCGGAAGUCGAAUUCGUUGGACGCGGGGCACAGGCAGGCGAAGGGCUCGGGGCAAACGGUGAGGGAGAGGUUCCGGUGCAUCGCGCCCUACCCGCCCAACAGCGAGUUCGAGCUGGAGUUGCAGGUGAACGAUAUCAUCUACGUGCACAAGAAGAGGGAGGACGGCUGGUACAAGGGGACGCAGCAGAGGACCGGCAAAACGGGAUUGUUCCCGUCUAGUUUCGUGGAGAGUUAUUGA